GCAAUUGAAACCGAUUUGGGCGACAGGACGGAUAGGAACGAACAGAGAGGAGCGAAAGCCAGCCCUAACGAGCACGAAAGUGGAGGCAAUUUGACGCAGUCUAGGCCGCGGGAAGAGGACGCACGCAGAGAGGGUAGCCCUAACGAAGUCGAAAACGUUGUGGAGGAGAAAUCCAUAGCGAGGUCGAUGGAGUGAGUGAUCAAUCGGAGUGUUGGUCGCAGCUUCGUCGCCGAUGCCGUGGACAGGAGGAGAGAGCAAGUCGGGGCCGAAGCGGAGGUUCGAUUCUAAUGAUUGGAGGAGAGCGGACGAUAUCUUUUAGGUGCCGGAUUUCGGACGAAGGAGGCAUGGGAAGGCCGAGGUAAAAUAAGGCAAAGAAGAUCGUAGGUUUUAGACAGGGAAGGUUUGGAUUAGGAGGAAAGCGUUGCCGAUAGGAGAAAUGGAUUCUGUGAGGAAGCAGUUGGACGCUUUGAUGGGGGCGCAUAGAAACGGGGGUGCCGUCGAGACGCCUAGGGCUUACAACGAUGGACGACAUGUUUGCCGCUUGUUUCUUUCUGGCUUAUGCUCACACGAUCUCUUUCAGAACACGGUUUUCUGAACGUAACAUCCCACUACUAUCUUUCUGGCGGGUUUAAAGUCUGUUUCGGGGUAGAACAUCGAAUUUCAAGUAGAAGUCACCAUGGACGCCUUCAGAAAGCAGCUGGAUGCUUUGAUGGGGGCGAAUCGCAAUGGAGAUGUGCGUGAGGUGAAGAGGAAGUACUACGAUCGUGAUGUGUGUCGCCUUUAUCUCACGGGCCUUUGCCCUCACGACCUCUUCCAAUUAACGAAGAUGGAUUUGGGACCGUGCUCUAAGAUUCAUUCCUUGCAACUAAGGAAAGAAUAUGAAGAGGCAAAGGCUAAGGGUAAAGACAAUUACGACAGGGAACUUGAGGAUUGCUUGGAGAAGCAUAUUGUAGAAUGUGAUAGGAAAAUAGCUCGGGCUCUUAAGAGGCUCGAAGAUGACGAUGCGGGUGCUGCAACGGCUAUUGCUGUUUCCGAAGUGACGAAGUCAGCAGAAGCAGUCGAGUACACAAGACAAAUCAAGGAGAAACUGAAGGAAGCUGAAUACAUGGACUUAGAAGGAAGAACCGAUGACAAAAUCAGGAUGAUGGAACAAGUGGAAGAGUUGCGGUCGAAGCGAGCCGACAGACAAGCCAUGUCUCUUCUAGAGGCUUUCAACAAAGACAGGGCAUUAAUGCCACAACCUCUUCCAAAUCCACCUCCUUUGGCACCACUGCCAACUUUGGUUCCCUUGCCACCUGAUGCAAGAACACAAGAAAUGAUCAAGGAAAAGCUGAAGAAGGCCGAGGAACUUGGGGAGCUGGGCAUGGUCGAUGAGGCCCAAAAAGCUAUGGAGGAAGCUGAAGCUUUGAAAAAGCUCGGAGCACGGCAGGAGGCACCAGUUGAUCCAGCGAAAUUGCUUGCACCUGAUGUCCGCAUUGCUGACCAGAAGCUUCGUGUUUGCGACAUAUGUGGAGCGUUUCUGAGUAUAUAUGAUAGUGAUCGGAGGCUAGCUGAUCAUUUUGGAGGAAAACUGCACCUUGGCUACAUGCAGAUACGCGAAAAGCUUGUCGAUCUUAGGGAGGAAAGAAUGAAAGUCCGGAAGCCGGAGGUUGACGGAGAUGAUGAAAAAUCCCGCGAGAAAUCUCGUGAAAGGUCUGUCCGAGCAACGAGCAGAGACGUUGAGAGAGAGAAGGAUGGAGAACGUGAGCGAGAGAGGGAACGGGAACGAGAGAAGGACCGGGAACGUGAUUACAGGCCGAGAGAUAGGAUAAGAGAUCGAGAGAGCCAUCGAGACAGAGAUCGUGGACGUGACCGUGGCGAUCGCGAGCGUGACUACGAUUCUCGACGAAGAAGGUCUCGAUCACGAUCCAGAGAGCGAUCAAGAGAGAAAGAGAGGGGUGAUCGUCACAGGCGACAUGAUCGAUACGACCGCUAUUGAUAAAAUGGGGUACCAGUCUCCUGUAUGCGUGAAAUCGAAUGAAUCCGGAUGAACUAUCCAAGAGCACAGUGGUGAAGAUGAGAACCCAGUACUACGGCCAUUUGAAAUUUUGAGCUACCCUGGACGAACAUUGUGGCAUCCAGUAAGCUGGAGAGGUGCUCAUUUCUACACGUUUUGUACAAUGCUCAUUUGAUAGUACAGUCAAGUCCCUUGGUUCGCACAUUUGGAGCUGCCAAUUUUUUUUCGCCUUGGUUAGCUCCCUGCAAUCUACGAGCGCUGAAAGUGCUUUACUUGAUCACCCGGUUGGGCAGGGCACGUUUUAAACAUCCGUUGCAUGGUAGCAUUUUUGUCAUGUCUGCUUGAUGUUAGACAGUUUCUGGCCGGAAGGAGUAUUGUUUUACUAUCUGAGAUUAACGUAGCCUUCUUGUACCUCAAUGUUCUCCGUUCAUACUUCUUCACCUUUUCACCUACGUGCGAUCUUACGUUUCCAUUACAAUGACAGGCAUCUGCUUGGUUUUAUUGGCUAGAUAUACUUUCUGCUAGACAUAGUAUUUUAGAAACACAGUUAAGGUCAUAGUUCCACUAUGGCAGUUUUAACUACGCACAGGUUUUCCUCGUUUGUUGUGUACCUGAGCACAAUGUAUGAAGGUUCUCUUUUGAGUUUAAAGGCUGUCUGUAGGUGUCAAACUUGAUCAGGAGAGAAACUGCGAAUGGGCAGCCGCACAGGACACAAGCUAUUCCUGUAUGUGAAAUUUUUUUGCUCGUCUUUGAUUUCAUCGUUUGGAACUUCAUCUGCUUCGUUGGUCACCAAGCUGGUUUGUCGUCACUUUCUGUUCCAGAAAGUGUUCUGCUACUAGUGAUGUGUUCUGCACUGGCAAACGAUUACUUGGAAGAUGUCUGCUGUAGGGCGUAUGUUGCUUUCAAUGGGGCCGUUCCGUUCGGAGGUACACCAUCGUACUUACGUACGUACAGAGGGUUUCUCUUCAAAAACAUUCCAAGAAUAACCACUGCGCAGAUAAGAUACGAUCAGUCCUUUCUCUUUUUCUCCUUGGGUUCUCAUACUGGGUUUCAUGUGUUGUGAUCAGUUUCUUAGUUUUGCACUAGUUCCAUGUUCAUGCAAGGCAAGGGGUCAACUUAGUGCAGAGAUUGCUUUUCAUAUUAUGAGAUUUGUCUGAAACGUUGGAAGCAAGUUAACAGUGUCAUUUACCUAGCAUACCAUCCAUCACAUAGCUCCUCUUAGAUCAAGGGCCAGUGGGGCCUCCUUUCUGAGAUUCUACACCGUUGGAGUAAAGCGAGGCGACCUGUGAGUAUUAGUUCAUCUGCUCUGUCAACUUUGCAUCUCCAAACUGCCCAGCCAAUCUUUUAAAAUCGAGUCGAACUGGAAUACUGUUCACGAAAUUUGAACUUCUUACCAUCGUCAGUUCCUAAAAUCAAAGACAAUUAACGUACAACGUACAAGCCUCUGUCCAUCGGACCACAAUCUUUCUUCACACUCGGAAGUGAAGAAAUGUAGAGUCCUCGUGUGGAACUAUGUAGUGUUACUUAUCGCGAUACGCAAACAAGAAGACGACACCUGAAACCCUGUCUCAUAUUUGACGUUAUGACCCCGUUCUUAGUUGAGUGUCGCCUGAUCUCCUCCCUUGAAGUACACCGCUACCCAUUCGUG